CUUUUUUUUGGAAUUAUUAAAAAUCUUGAAAAUUCUCUUGAAAUAUCUUAAAAUCUCUUGGAAUUUAACAGAAGUAACAGAUUCUGUUAUUAAUUAUCAAAACUGGCAAACCCUGGUGGAAAUAAUUUCUCCGGAAAUAUUCCGUCAAAUUCUGAAAAUUUUACGUAAAAUUCCGGAAUCCCUCCGUGAAAUUCCGGAAACACUCUGUAAAACUCCGGAAUCACUCCGUAAAACUCCAGAACACUCAAUAAACUCCGGAAUUGGCCCAUCAAAAUUCCAGACAGCUCAAAAAGUGUAUUAUUCAUAACAUUUAUCAGUUUUUUGAUACAACAAUAUUUAAUUUUUGACGAAAAUGUUUUAUUCGUUUAUUAUCUUUCAUUGUACUUAGUAAGUCGAGUAUUUUUAAAAUGCUACGAAUUUCUCUAUGUUUUUUCAAAGUGAGCCAAUUCCGGAAUAAUCUAGAGCCAUUCCGGAAUACUCCGGAAAAAUUCUGAAUAAUCCGGAAAAGUCUGGAGCGUUCCGGAGAUUUCUGGAGAAAUUAUUUCCACCAGGGAAUUUAAACACAUUUUAAAAAAAUUUUGUAAAAUUUUUUAAAAUCGGUUGAAAUUUAACUUAUUUCCACCAGGGAAUAUAUACAGAUAUCCAAACCUUCAUCAAUUUUAAAAUUACUAUCUGAAAAAAUUAAUACUAAUUCAACCGACAUUAUUUAAUAUACUUGUUUAAAUACUAUGUUCAUAGUUAAUGCUGUUUUGAAACUUUUUGUCUAUAUGAGUAAUGAUAAGUUUAAACGACAAAUUACAUGUUAAAUUAGACCCUAUUAAGGGACCCCUAUAUUGAUGUUUAUUCAUUUGUCGAGUAUCAAGUAGAUUCUACUGGACUAUAAAUUCAUGUUAAGAAUAUUCCUAGACACAUCGACAACUUUUUUUCAUAAAAAAGUAUUUAGUUGACGAGUGAUACUGUUGCAAUGCUGUUGUAAAACAGAUAUGAGUAAAUUUUGUUCUGACAUUUAUUGAGAUCAUCACUCGAGUAUGACCGUUAAUUAUUGUUUAUUUAAAAAUUCGAUUUCAUCUACUUAAUCACUUUAAAUUCUAUUAAAUUCUUGUAUGAUCUCGAUUACUUUUUUGUCUGUACUAUUACAUAUUUUGGUUCUUUUUGAUUUUCUUAAGAGUAAGAACGAGGUGAAAAGUUCAACAAGUUUGUCAAUUUUUUGAUAGUAUCAGAAGUAUUAAUAAAUAUCAAAAUGUCCAUGUCAAGGCAAAUUUUUGCAUUUUUUAAAGGAAAACCAAUCAUUAUAAAUUCCAUGGUUUAUGGAUCAUUUUAUAUUUGUGCUGAAUUUUUACAACAGACAUAUCAGCAAAGAGAAAUUGCACAAAAUUUAAUGUUGGAAAAUACAAACAGUCGAAUGCCAUCUGGAACAUUGAAAAUAAAACAUUAUGAAACAAAUGAAAAUGAAAAAAUUGAUAUUAUGAAAAUACUUGAAAAUUAUGAUUGGCAAGUAAUUCAGCGAUAUAUUCUCUAUGGUUAUUUCAUGGCUGGUCCAAUUUUACAUACUUGGUAUGUUUGGCUGGAUCGAACUUUUGUGGGAAAAGCAAGUAGAGUAAUUCUCAGAAAAUUGCUUUGCGAUCAGUUUAUAUUGACACCACCACUUUUAGUGCUUUUUUUUACAAGUAUGAGCUUAAUGGAAGGAAAAGAUAACAUUGCUGCAGAAUGCAAAGAAAAAUUUGUAAGAACAUUUCAGACAUCUUGCAUGUUUUGGCUUCCAGUUCAAUUCGUUAAUUUUCUUUUGAUUCCACCAAGUUAUCGAGUUGCAUUUGUCAGUGCUGCAUCAUUUCUGUGGGUCAAUAUUUUAUGCUAUCUCAAGAGAACACCUACAAUAACCGAAGAAUAACUCAAACUCAACAGUUAAACCAACAUUUAUCCCUACACUUAAAACGAAUAUAAUAACAAUAAUAAAAUUCAAAAAUUUAACUUUGA